CAGUGACGCAGAUCCAACAAGAUAUGAAGACUAUUACAGCAGUUUGCAAGCUUUUGUAGAGAAAUCAUUGGAUGUGUAUAAGCCUGAGUUAGCCAUGGUACUUUAUCCCAUGUUUGUGCAUAUGUAUCUUGAACUGGUAUACAAGGGAAGUGAGAAGGAGGCACAAUCUUUUUUUGCCUGUUUUCGAGGAAGUCAGGAAGAUUAUCAUGAAGAAGACCUUAGCAAGUUGGCAGCCAUAACACGGCGUGAACACAUGAAAAGCAAUGAGCUCAUGGGAACCUUACGGAGCAAUAAGUUUGUAAUCAGAAUGUCAAAGGACACAUACCAAGUACUCAAGAAACAUUUGCAGGAUCAACAGCAAGAAUUGCUUCUUACCUUGAUUCAACAACACCUUCACUUUGAUGUUUUUGAAGGAAGACCACGGAAUAAGCAAACAAUUGAAGCAACAGCAGGAGCAGUGACUGGGGAGGCAACAUUUGAGGCCAACAAGAGCAAGGUGUAUUAUGGAAUCCCACCAGAACCUGAUCUUGGAGUUGUUAUCGAAGAAGAAAAUGAGGAGGAGGAAGAUAAAGACAAGCCAAAAGUAAGUACAUUUGAAAUUAUGGAGUGGUAUUUAAUUUGGUGA